AUGGACAAAAUUCGUGUCGCGAUUGCCGGUAUCGGCAACUGUGCCAGCUCGCUGAUUCAAGGCAUCGAGUACUACCGCACGGGUAACACAUCGCAAUGGACAGGACUGAUGCACGAGAGCAUUGGUGGCUGGCACGCCUCGGACAUCGAGAUCGUUGCGGCGUUCGACAUCGAUCAACGCAAAGUCGGCCACUCGCUGGAGGACGCGGUGUUCGCAGCGCCGAACUGCGCUCGGGUUUUUCAACCCGUAUUGCCGGCAGGGGGGGUGACCGUUCAUAUGGGGCCGGUUCUCGACGGGGUCGCGGGCCACAUGGGGGACUAUCCCGAGGACGAAGCGUUCCGCCCCGCCGACGAAGCCCCUGUGGACGUGACGGCCGCGCUGCGCUCGGCAGGAGCCGAUGUGCUCAUCUGUUACCUGCCGGUCGGAUCGGAGCAGGCCGUCCGUCACUACGCCCGAGCCUGUCUCGAUGCCGGCGUCGCACUGGUCAACUGCGUGCCGGUCUUCCUGGCCUCCGACGUCGAGUGGGGGGAGCGAUUCCGAGCGGCCGGCCUCCCGAUCAUCGGCGACGACAUCAAGAGUCAAGUAGGCGCGACCAUCGUCCACCGCACCCUCUGCCGCCUCUUCGCGGACAGGGGGGUCAAGCUCGACCGGACCUACCAGCUCAACACCGGAGGAAAUACCGAUUUUCUCAACAUGCUGGAGCGUGCCCGUCUCCGGUCCAAGAAGCGAUCGAAGACGGAGUCGGUUCAGAGCCAGCUCGAUGAGCGAUUGGACAGUCACGACAUCCACAUCGGUCCUUCCGAUUACGUCCCGUGGCAGGACGACAACAAGAUCGCCUUCAUUCGUAUGGAGGGGCGAGGCUUCGGUGACGUACCGCUCGAUCUGGAGCUCAGGCUCUCGGUCCAGGACUCCCCCAACAGCGCGGGUGUGGUGAUCGACGCGGUGCGGUGCGCCAAACUCGGUCUCGUGCUGGGACUGGCCGGUCCGCUCGAGGCGCCCAGCGCCUACUACAUGAAGAGCCCGCCCCGGCAGAUGCGCGACGACGCGGCGCUUCGCGAACUCACGUCUUUCAUCGAAUCCGGAGGGCUGUCACCGACUCGGGCGCGCAACUCAGGCAUGGGCGGAGGUGUUGGAGGAUCAUCAAGACAGGCCGGCUCUGACCGGCAGACUUCGAACCAGGACUAUUCGUGA